CUAGCGCCCAAGUUAAUGAUUACAGGCGGCAGCCCCUCCCCGGCUGCGCUCCCCGCCCCGGGGCGGCCCGAGCGCGGCCCCGCCCGACGGCCGCCCAGAGCACCCAGCGCCGAGCUCGCCUUCUCCGCCGCCACCUGCUGCUCGCCCGCGCCCGCACCGCGCCCCGACAUGGCUGGCAAAGCACACAGGCUAAGUGCUGAGGAGAGGGACCAGCUGUUGCCAAACCUGAGGGCUGUGGGGUGGAACGAGCUGGAAGGCCGAGAUGCCAUCUUCAAGCAGUUCCAUUUCAAAGACUUUAACAGGGCUUUUGGCUUCAUGACAAGAGUGGCCCUGCAGGCUGAGAAACUGGACCACCAUCCCGAAUGGUUUAACGUGUACAACAAGGUCCACAUCACCCUGAGUACCCACGAAUGUGCAGGCCUUUCAGAACGGGACAUAAACCUGGCCAGCUUCAUUGAGCAAGUAGCCGUGUCCAUGACAUAGACCCAGGCUUUCCUCUUUGAAUUCUUCACGGAAAGGGGUGACUGAACUGGAAAUCCAGAGAGGGAGCGGGGAGAGCCCCCAAAUGCUGCUGCAGUCAAAAUGGCCAAGUCCACCCUGCUGCCUCCAUUAAGGGGUGAGUCCUUGCUGUGGAAAGAGAUACCAGCAUCGCUGCCAACAUCAGGAACGGACACCUUUUCCCCGCACCACUCUCUCCAUCCUUGGGGCUCUGUUAAAUGUACACUAAUUUGAAGAUCUUAUUCUUUCCCAGCAACAGUGAAUGAUUCCCUUUCCAGGCUGUGUCUUGCUGCCUUUCUGUUUUCCAAGCUGUGAUAGAAGCUGUCUAAGACAAGACAAAAUCUUAUCUUAGACACCAGAACGCUAAAGCCAACCCCAUCCUAUGUGAUAAACAUUUGUGCUUUUAUGCCUCAAAUAAAACUAUCAUUUCCUUGGC